UUUCCCACCUGACGACCGUCAAUCAGCUGAGCAGUUCACUGUCUUUCGCGUAGGUUCUACAGUUUUGCUAGAGUUGUCGAGGUGAGCGGUAGCUUGCUGUACUGUACUGAAUGAGUUGAACGAAAAACGUUUUUCAGACUUUGGACUCGCAAACAUUCAUAUGAACACGGAAAGUCGGCAUAGUUAGCCACAAGAGUAAACGUUUUACUAAAGACACACGGCGGAAGAAUAGAAUAUUUUAGAUAGCUACCAAGCUAUUCUCGUUUAUAUUAUUUGGCACAUAUAGCUAUAACGUUAGUGCUAGUUAUCUAUUUAUAUUUGGUUGCCUUCGUAUGCUGUCGAUAGCUAGUCGGCUUACCUGCUAGCGAAUGUUAUGUAAAAUAAUGGAAUGGGGCAAAUGGGCUUCUUUUCCUACCAAACGUCAAUGAGAAGAAGGAAUAACGCAAUUCAGACUGCUUCUAUGUGCCGACUGGACGGCGACACAACCGGGAAGGAAGUUGACCAACCAGAUGCCCUUUCUUCUUCAAGGUACCUGGUGGGCCGCGGCGUGAAGCGCAAGCGGAGCGAGAGCGAGGAGGAGGAGGCGGGGCCAGAGGCCGGGCGGGCGGGGCCUGAGCCCUGGGGGGCGGAGUCUCACGCGCAGGAGAGGCAGCUGAUCCUGGACCUGUGCCUGAGCAAGCUGCAGAGCUGCUACUCGCAGGCCGAGCCCAGCCUCCGCCGCUCGGUGCUGCUGGCCAACACCCUGCGCCACAUCCAGGACCAGAUGAGGAGGGAGGGCGUGGACCCGCCGGCCACGCCUGCCUCCUCGCCCCCCCGGGCCCCGCCCACGCCCCGCCACGCCCCCCAGCUGCCGCCCGCCGAGCCCGAGGGGCCGGCCUACUCUUCCUCCUUCUCCUCCUCCUCCUCCUCCUCCUCCUCCUCCUUGUCCUCUUCCUCCUCGGUGGACUCGCUUUUUGGCUCCUUCGAGAUCUCCAGCACCACCAGCUACCUGACGGACCUGGCGCUGGACGACAUCUUCGAGGACAUCGACACCUCCAUGUACGACCCGACCGACUUCUCCGCCCUCACCUCCCCGGACGAGGGCCUGAAGCCGGUCCCCGCCUGCGCCCCGACGGGGGCCCUGCAGCUGUGUCUGACCGACCUGAGCGAACUCGACCACAUCAUGGAGGUCCUGGUGCAGUCCUGAGCGAACUCGACCACAUCAUGGAUGUCCUGGUGCGGUCCUGAUGGAACUCGACCAAAUAUGGAGGUCCUGGUGCGGUCCUGAACGAACUCGACCACAACCUGGAGGUCCUGAGUGAACUCGACCACAUCACGGAGGUCCUGGUGCGGUCCUGAGUGAACCUGAUCACAACCCAAGGGUCCUAUUGUGGAACUCCCGGCUCCCUUUUUUCCAUUUCUUGCAUUUUGGGGACUGGGAAUAAGAAAUAGUUUUUAAAAUGGUAUAUUUAUAUUUUUAUACAAAGAACUCUAAAUAUAUUUAUGUAAAAAGUAAAGUCGGUGCCUCCCUAAAACACACCUACUGUAGAAUGAACGUACGCUUUUUUCUGACUUUGCCGGGAGCAUCGGUGCCAUCGUUUUCCAGAGGAAACGAAAGAAACUGUAACGUUCAAGCACUUCAGCAAAAGAGAAACGCGUUUCCGUGGCUUUAACGUGGAGGCGGAAAGAAACGGUGUAUACCCGAACUGGUGCUUGGAAGAAAUAACGAACAGGGGAGUAGCCCUGCAAAACAAAACGUGGAGACUUAGCUUUUAUACGUCAUUCUCGAAUGAAGCCUAUUUAUUUUAGUGUGUAUGGAUUUUAGCUGAUGGCGCAAUGCUUGUGACGUGACAUCAUUCUACCUCUUUGGCGAUCUGUAAGGGGCUUUUGUCUCUUAGCCAGCAGCUUUCACUGUUUGUACGAAAGACUGGCGGUUUGAGCGCGAGACGGUCCGGCGCUCUCGGCGAACUCGCGCUUCUAAAAUGCAGGGAAAGCCGGCGAUUCGUCGGUAAUCCCGACCAGAAGCGGCUCGCCUGUUCCUGCGCUGCACCGGUCCAGCUUUUUUUUGUACCUUUAAAAUGUUUUCAGAAGUGCAGAAUUAAAUCUGCUGUCCCACACAAGUGUUUCUUUUCUUUUUUUUUUUGUUUUGUUUCUACGGCAACCCCCUACAAAAUUGUGCCUAUGUGGAAAGAAGACUGUCCUUAAGUCGAGAUGCACAUUAUGGACUCUAACAAGGACACCCUGGUCUGUAGAACUUAAUGCGUUUGUCUGAUUUAUUAUUAUUAUUAUUAUUAUUUGGAUCUAUGGUCAGUUGUGUUGUAUUUGGUUUCGUUUUAGUUUUGUCUGAAGACGUCUUGAAUUCUUUGUCCCACAAUUCCACUCGCCUUGGAUUGGCCGGAACGUUGCGCUGCCGCGCGUCGUCGGCUGGCCUUGAGCUCUGGCUGCGAGUCCAGUCCAGCCGCCACAGCCUCAAACUCCCUUUCAGUAUCGCGCUUCUAUAUUCCUCUGAUAUAUCAGAUAGCGUUUUUUUUUUUUUUUUUAAUAAGAAUUUAUUAAGAUUAUGUUGAGUUGCGUUUUAAUCAACGAAAAGCCUAAUUCAAAAAAAGGUUUGUCCUUUAUUAUUAAGGGGUAUUUGUACUGAUGUUUUUCACUUUUUACAGUAGUUGAACUCCUGAAACAGGAGGGGAGCGGUCCUGUUUUGCAAAGGCAAAGUGCAAUAAAGGCGGUCCUAGCCGAGGGAUUCUAUAGGCUACCCCAGGGUGUUAGGAAGAGAAGUGAAGGACGGUCUGUAGACGGUGGCUUCUGUGCCGGAGGGUCAGUUAACUCUCUGCACGUGUGCGCGUGUGUUCUGGAGAGCAGACUCGCGCAGCUGGCCGGCUCUUUGUGCUGAUGCGGGGUUUGGGGAGGAGGAGGGGCCGGACCCCGGGGCUCCGGUCUCGUGGAAGGGCCUGUGACGAGCGCGGCCGACCUAUCGGGGCGCUCGGCUGCUGACGUGGGAGGAGCCAGGGGCCGUCCUUAUCUUUCCCACCCCCCUCCCCCGCCUUUGUUAGGCUGAAAAACAAAUGUUAGCGGCUGCACGAAGUCCCACUCCUCGCCGCACGGAAUAACAGGAAGCCCGGUUAGGCAGAGAUGUUCAGACUGUCGUGUUGUUUACUCCCAUUUUUACGUAAAAGAGAAGGUGCAAAAUAAAGUUUAUUAAAGGUUUCCCCCCCCCUUGUAAUGAAUUAAGAUUUAAAUGCAUUUUUGUUGAUAUAGUGGUGUGCCUGUACACGUCUGAAAAGUCAGGGGUCGCUGUAAAAACGUUUUUGGAAAAAUUGAUAUAGUUUUCCCUUUUUUAGGGGGGGCCACGAGGAACCUCAAAACCCGUUCCGAUGUGGCAACUUUACAGUUCGCGACCCCCACACGCAGGUCUGGCGAUUUCGCAGCGAACGGAGCAGGCGCUCGGUUUUAAGUGAGCCUCUUAGGCCGUUCUUACCCUUUACAGACCCCGUUUCAGCCAUCAGUGCAACUAAGCGAAGUCAAGGAGACCCUUUUCAGAUCCGCGCUCUGGCACAUUAGCCAAUAACCGGUGUGGAAUUGUGAGCGAACGGCGCUCUAUCUUGUGCAUUAGAUGAACACACUGUAGAGGUUUUGAGCUUUAUAAGCUUUUUGUAUAUAUUUGUAUUUAAACAACUUCCUGUGUGGUUCUGUUGUUUUUUCCCCCCUGUAUGAAGUUACUCUGAUCAUGUAUUUCAUUUUAUUUAAGAACGAAAGGAGAAGACUUCAGUUGUGCACCUCGCCUCUCUCUGCCGUGUUGCUUGGGAUGAGUGACUAUGUAGCUUAAUAAACAUAAAUAUUUUCAUUAAUUUAUUUAUUUUUGUGAUUGUACCCGAUUUGAAUGUAUGGAUGUGCUGUAUUCCCUGGAGAGACGCGAUUUCUCUGUUAUUGGCAGAAGGAAAAAAGGAACGAGUCGCAGGCUCAUGGAGGUGGAGGGGGGCCAAUGGUCUGUGAACUUUUGUGGGCCCGGGAAUAAUAUAGUAAUUUUGUCUCGGGUCCAGGGAUUUCACCCAGCAGGCCUGCUCCCACCCAAACGUUGAACAGCUGACUUUGAUUGGAAUUUAAUUCACAAAUACAAUUCCAUUAAUCGCUAAGCCUCCCUCUUUAUGUCUUUGAACUUUUCGGUGCGGAUUCAAGAUUACCGAUAACAGAAACCCUUCAAUUUUAGCUUCCAGAGGACCGUUCGAUUGUUUUUAAGUCGGUUCUUCUUUCUUCUGCCAAAAACGUUCCCAAAAUUUCAGCUCGGCCCCCCAGGAGGACUUUUAAAUUCCACACAUCGCUCUCCUGUUUCUGUCGGUCUGUCAUGGGGACUCCUCAGAAGCUGUUUCUAAGGUAACCAGCAGACACAGCGCGCUGGUUUCCAUCAGUAUUACCACUGAGAAGCGAUCGUUCCCGUUCAAGCCUUUCCUGUUCUAACCAUGCAAACGACGACCACUUCUACUCGCAAACAGCCUGGAGCCAGGAUGUGCAAGCCGGGGGCCAGCGACGAAUGAACAGUGAGCCAGCCUGGGCCAAUGGGCUUGAACCUAAAGUUCGUUAUGUCAUGAAGUACUUCUUUUCUGUGACCUCAUUGGUCUUUUUUGUGUCUUCUUUGGAAUGAUCUAAAAGCCAAAAAAAAGUCCCAAAUGCUAUAAUACUUCACUCAUGCCCCAAGUGCAAUAUAGACUUCAAAUGUUUCUGUUCAGAAUUUUAUUUUGUUUGUCUGGAGACGGAACCCCACCCUUUGGAAAAACCACUAAUCUGUUGAGAGUAUCAUGACAGUUGGUCAGUGGUUUAUUUAAAAAAGAAAAAGCAAACUGAUUAACACGGACCUUUAAUGAAAUUGUGCGGACAAUUCACGUUUUACUUUUUUUUUUUUUUUACAAAGUAUAUUUUGCUCUCCAGUUCUUUGCAUCUUAUUUUAACACAAGGCUGUGUGUGUGUGUGUGCACAUGUGAUUUCUGUACAUAAUUUUACCAUCCUGUCAUCUUUAUAUUCUAUGCAAUACUAUUGUAGCAGGUCAGUAAGUCUAUAAUUAAAGUGGGAAAACAAUCUUG